AUGGUGGUUUUCACCUUUUAUCACAUUUUAUUAAUAGCAAUAUUUCGUUUGGCAAAUAGAGUAUUUUCAUUCAUGAAUGGGAUACUUAUAAGUUCGAUUGGGACAUUUUUUUUAACCGCUUCAUUAUAUAGUCUAACUUACGACUAUUUAAAUGUUAAGGUAUUUCCUGGAUUAAUUUUUUUAGUUUUAAGCAAAUUGAUAUUGAGCAUAGCAUUAUAUGGGGGAUAUUGUGCAUAUUUUAUACAAAAUGGCAAAGACAAAAAACAAAACAAAACGAAAAUUAUUAUAGCAACAUUUCUUUUUUUUUCUUAUAACAUAUACAACUUUUUUUUAAAAGAGCAUAAUACUGGAAAUAUAAAUGACAUAAAAUUCCUAGACUAUGCAAUGAACCUUAUAAGAAGGAAUAACAAUUUGAUUUUAAUAGGAGUAUGGUUUUUCAUAACAUUAUUGUAUCUAAUUUUUAUAAACUUUUUAACUAAAAAACAAGAAAAUUUAAUAUAUAUAAGGAAGCAUUACCAUUUCCUUCUUUUUGUGAAUACCAAUUUAGCAUUUUGGGCAGGGAAAGUUGAGUUGCUAACAAUAGUGCUAUCAUUUAUAUUACCCCUUUUCAUACUGAUUGAGAUUUUACGAAAAAAUUACGAAAAUGCAUUUAAUUCCAACAACUGGCUGAAUUUAUUUUUUACAAGGUUUAUCGAUGAUAGAGACCGGCAUGGACUUAUUUUAACACACAUAUAUCUUUUAGCUGGAGCAUACUUGCCAAUUGUUGCUGAUGUUGUUUUGAGCAACACCAAUUAUAAUUAUAAUAAGAAAGAAAUCAUAUAUUUAUUUCGAGAAACAAAUUUAAUUUUAUAUUGUUCUGGAUUAUAUUCCAUAUGCAUAGGGGAUUCAUUUGCGGCAAUAGGAGGACGUUUAUAUUCCACCCCAAAAAUCACGAAUACAAAUAAUAAAUCCUAUUUAGGUUGUUUUUUUUUUUUUUGUACUACCUUCUUAUCGCUAGUUUUUUUUAGCUACCUUCAGAAAACAAAUUUUACUAAUAUAAAAGAAUGCUUUAUUAUAUCAUUAUUUGGGGCUAUAUUCGAGGCUUAUUUGAACGAUAUCGAUAAUUUACUUUUACCAAUUUUUUCUUUUUGCGUGUAUUUAUGUUUUGAAGAAUAA